AUGCGUGACGUAUAAACGGAAAUGAUUCACGUUUCAGGACUACAAAGCAGCAUGUUUUCUAACUCAAUACAGAGAGGCAGAGGUAAAAAUACGGCUACAUGCCUUUCCAGCAAAUAAGUUAAAUGUUAGAUCAGUUGUCAAGUUGAAUGUUUAACUGUACACCGCCGUUAAUCUUUUUUUAAUAAAUAGAUAUGACCCGGAAGGGCUUUGUGUAUUGCGUAAAACGUAAAUGAAACACUCGAAUGUUCAGAGUUAAUUUGAGGCAGUCAAUGGUCCGACAACUCCAAACUAUAAUGAUUGCAUGCAUGCGUGUACACAGGAACCUGGCAUAUUUGCAUCGGGCUGUGGGUGGAGUUCGAUGGAACAGCAGCUUUAAACCAGCUCCUCUGUUGACAGCCGCCCCUGUUCGCGCCCUAAUAGAUGAACACAUCAGCAUCAAAGGAUGUUUCCUUCCACCACAGAGUCCCAUCACAAUGUGUGCACAAAUGCAAAGUGAUGAAGGUGACCAUUGGGAGGCAUUUGCCCAUUAUAACACAAAUGCAGAUGGCACUGUCAACUUGACCAGGGAUCAUUCAGUUGGAGGUUCAUACGUGGGCUGUGAGCCAAUGGGACUGUUCUGGGGAUUGCAGCCUGCUCCUGGUUCAAGAGAAGGUUUAAGGCUGAGGAAAAAAAAUGUAGAGACUCCAUACGUGAUGCUACUGUCAUUACUGGAGGGCCACGUGUCACCCAGUGAGAGAAAGAUCACCGAGCUGGCAGCAGUAACUACUGAGCGCUGGUACAUGGCACCAGGCGUACGGAGAACAGAGAUCCGCCAGGAUGGAGUUGUGGGGACGUUGUUUUUACCGCCUGGCCCAGGCCCUUUUCCAGCUGUGUUGGACCUUUGGGGAAUGGGUGGAGGACUGGUGGAGUACCGCUCCGCCCUUUUUGCAUCCAAGGGCUAUGCUAGCUUCUCUCUUGCCUACUUAGGGCAUAAAGAUUUGCCUGCUCCUCACAAUCGUGUCAAUGUUGGCGAUCCAUAUUUCAAAUCAGCAUACCACUUACUUCAAGAUCAUCGUCAGGUCGUUGCCGACAGAAUUGGGAUUGUAGGUCUCUCCUUUGGGGUCUACCUAAGCCUUAGAAUUGCCACCAGAGCUGGUGUCAAGCCUUCCUGUUUGGUUUGUAUCAAUGGCCCAGUCGGAAGCACCAUCAAACUCACAGAUGCAGAUGGCCGGACUGAAAACUUUGAAAAUGAGCAGACACAUUGGCAGUUUGAUGAUCAAGGCUGUGUGAGUUUUAAAGCGAUGUCCUUGCCUGCAAACCUUUCCCCUGAGAGCAAAGUGAAGCUAGAGGACCUUCCCUGUCCUUUAAUGUACAUAGUGGGUGAAGAUGAUCUAAGUGCCUCAAGUAUGGAGAAUGCAAACCUGAUUGAGCAAACCCUGAGGGCUGCAGGUAAAUGCCAACUGCUCACCCUGUUGUCUUACCCCGGUGCUGGUCACCUUAUUGAACCGCCGUACACACCAAAUUCAAGAGUGUCCCUGUGGAGCUUCAAACCAAGAAAACUGUACACUCUGUGGGGAGGUCACCCCGCACCUCAUGCUGCUGCACAGCAAGACGCCUGGGAAAAGAUCCUGGAUUUCAUGGACAGUCACCUGAGGCGGUGAAUUUGUGGUUUAUCUGAAGAUAGGAAAUACUGGCUUCUGAGUUCAUGACGGAUUUCAGAUGCAGUGACACCGACGGCCAUUGUAGCAGAUGUAUGGUUCUUUAUGAAUUGUCAUCAUGCAUUUUUAUUCAUGCAACAAACUUGUAUAAUACCAAACAUGUAAUUGUCUUGUAGUCAAAAUCUUCUCAGACACCAUAAAAAUGUUUUGGACACUCUUUUUGGUGUUCCUUAAAUGUUUAUUGAGUAAUGACUAAUUGUUAUGGUUGUUUUGGGAUGAAGAGCUCGUUGCAUGCUGAGGUAACCAUGGCGACGAGGCCGAUGAACUCUUUGAAGUCAAUCUCCAGGUCUCCGUUCUGAUCAAGGUCCGCAAAGAGCUCAUCCAGCGUGUCCUUCUCCUUGAUUUUCUGUCCAGAAAAUUGAAUGACAAUAAAACAUUUGCAGGCCAUUUAUUUAAUAAAACUAAAAGUCUGUAGCGCCUCUGGUGACACCAUGAGGUUUAAAUGUGCAUGAAACACCAGGAUAUAUUAAAACAUUUGGCCUGCAGGCUUUGAUGAAGAAAUCUGGUUUGAUGAACCAGAUAACAUGCGUUCAUGUCACCUUAAAGCUCAGCAAGUACCAUAGGCUUAUUUAUAGCAAUACAUCAAAGAUUGUUAUUGGAUUCAUAAUUUGUACCACAAUCUGACGAAUAAAUAUAACCUUUAAAUCAA